AUGAUGAUGAGCCAGAAGACACAGAAGAGCCUGAUCCAGUGGACAGUAGUAGGCAGCCGCGCAAUAAGGGCAAGACGUUACUCUCGUUUCAAGAAAACAACAGUCAUUCAAAUGUCUGCGCCGACAGAUAAACAAGGCAACGGAUUGCGAGAAGGACGAAUUCUACGAACAACUUCAGUUCCAGAUCCCGUUGCUUUGUAUCCUCUCGAUGGCGCUCAUGGUACCAAGGAAAUCAAAAACCGGGUCGGAAAGGGCGUUGCCAGUGGUGUUCACACCGCCCCGGGACCAGAUGGAAAACCUGAUGGCUCGUAUGAAUUCUCUGGAACUGUUAACAGCUACAUCGAGUUUCCGAACGGUGGUGGACUAGAUGUAAAAAACUCGAUGACAAUGCUCUGCUGGUUGUACCCAGGUGGUCAAGAUGGCCCUCUUUUCAACUAUAGGAAAGGUGGAAGUUGGGGAGUGCAUUUGUGGGUGGUGAGUGGUCAACUUUUUGUUCGCUUCACCAAACGAGACUACUCAUCUACCCAAGCCUUGCUUCACACUCAUCUAAAACCAGAGGAUGGAUGGAAAUUUGUGGGCGCCUCCUAUGACAAAGCUAGUGGCCAUGCAAAAUUGUGGGUGGAUGGAAAAGUGGUUCAAACGUUAAAUAUUGGCGCGAAUCUCCAACUAGGCACGCAGGACAGCGUGAGAAUGGGAGUGAGAAUUGGCGAUCGCAGGUACUUCAAAGGAAGGAUCGCCCAAAUGCAGGUCUACAAUGUUGCCUUGACCCAGAAACAAAUACAAGCCAUAAAAGACAGGACCCAAGUCGUUCCAGAUCCCGUUGCUUUGUAUCCUCUCGAUGGCGCUCAUGGUACCAAGGAAAUCAAAAACCGGGUCGGAAAGGGCGUUGCCAGUGGUGUUCACACCGCCCCGGGACCAGAUGGAAAACCUGAUGGCUCGUAUGAAUUCUCUGGAACUGUUAACAGCUACAUCGAGUUUCCGAACGGUGGUGGACUAGAUGUAAAAAACUCGAUGACAAUGCUCUGCUGGUUGUACCCAGGUGGUCAAGAUGGCCCUCUUUUCAACUAUAGGAAAGGUGGAAGUUGGGGAGUGCAUUUGUGGGUGGUGAGUGGUCAACUUUUUGUUCGCUUCACCAAACGAGACUACUCAUCUACCCAAGCCUUGCUUCACACUCAUCUAAAACCAGAGGAUGGAUGGAAAUUUGUGGGCGCCUCCUAUGACAAAGCUAGUGGCCAUGCAAAAUUGUGGGUGGAUGGAAAAGUGGUUCAAACGUUAAAUAUUGGCGCGAAUCUCCAACUAGGCACGCAGGACAGCGUGAGAAUGGGAGUGAGAAUUGGCGAUCGCAGGUACUUCAAAGGAAGGAUCGCCCAAAUGCAGGUCUACAAUGUUGCCUUGACCCAGAAACAAAUACAAGCCAUAAAAGACAGGACCCAAGUCGUUCCAGAUCCCGUUGCUUUGUAUCCUCUCGAUGGCGCUCAUGGUACCAAGGAAAUCAAAAACCGGGUCGGAAAGGGCGUUGCCAGUGGUGUUCACACCGCCCCGGGACCAGAUGGAAAACCUGAUGGCUCGUAUGAAUUCUCUGGAACUGUUAACAGCUACAUCGAGUUUCCGAACGGUGGUGGACUAGAUGUAAAAAACUCGAUGACAAUGCUCUGCUGGUUGUACCCAGGUGGUCAAGAUGGCCCUCUUUUCAACUAUAGGAAAGGUGGAAGUUGGGGAGUGCAUUUGUGGGUGGUGAGUGGUCAACUUUUUGUUCGCUUCACCAAACGAGACUACUCAUCUACCCAAGCCUUGCUUCACACUCAUCUAAAACCAGAGGAUGGAUGGAAAUUUGUGGGCGCCUCCUAUGACAAAGCUAGUGGCCAUGCAAAAUUGUGGGUGGAUGGAAAAGUGGUUCAAACGUUAAAUAUUGGCGCGAAUCUCCAACUAGGCACGCAGGACAGCGUGAGAAUGGGAGUGAGAAUUGGCGAUCGCAGGUACUUCAAAGGAAGGAUCGCCCAAAUGCAGGUCUACAAUGUUGCCUUGACCCAGAAACAAAUACAAGCCAUAAAAGACAGGACCCAAGUCGUUCCAGAUCCCGUUGCUUUGUAUCCUCUCGAUGGCGCUCAUGGUACCAAGGAAAUCAAAAACCGGGUCGGAAAGGGCGUUGCCAGUGGUGUUCACACCGCCCCGGGACCAGAUGGAAAACCUGAUGGCUCGUAUGAAUUCUCUGGAACUGUUAACAGCUACAUCGAGUUUCCGAACGGUGGUGGACUAGAUGUAAAAAACUCGAUGACAAUGCUCUGCUGGUUGUACCCAGGUGGUCAAGAUGGCCCUCUUUUCAACUAUAGGAAAGGUGGAAGUUGGGGAGUGCAUUUGUGGGUGGUGAGUGGUCAACUUUUUGUUCGCUUCACCAAACGAGACUACUCAUCUACCCAAGCCUUGCUUCACACUCAUCUAAAACCAGAGGAUGGAUGGAAAUUUGUGGGCGCCUCCUAUGACAAAGCUAGUGGCCAUGCAAAAUUGUGGGUGGAUGGAAAAGUGGUUCAAACGUUAAAUAUUGGCGCGAAUCUCCAACUAGGCACGCAGGACAGCGUGAGAAUGGGAGUGAGAAUUGGCGAUCGCAGGUACUUCAAAGGAAGGAUCGCCCAAAUGCAGGUCUACAAUGUUGCCUUGACCCAGAAACAAAUACAAGCCAUAAAAGACAGGACCCAAGUCGUUCCAGAUCCCGUUGCUUUGUAUCCUCUCGAUGGCGCUCAUGGUACCAAGGAAAUCAAAAACCGGGUCGGAAAGGGCGUUGCCAGUGGUGUUCACACCGCCCCGGGACCAGAUGGAAAACCUGAUGGCUCGUAUGAAUUCUCUGGAACUGUUAACAGCUACAUCGAGUUUCCGAACGGUGGUGGACUAGAUGUAAAAAACUCGAUGACAAUGCUCUGCUGGUUGUACCCAGGUGGUCAAGAUGGCCCUCUUUUCAACUAUAGGAAAGGUGGAAGUUGGGGAGUGCAUUUGUGGGUGGUGAGUGGUCAACUUUUUGUUCGCUUCACCAAACGAGACUACUCAUCUACCCAAGCCUUGCUUCACACUCAUCUAAAACCAGAGGAUGGAUGGAAAUUUGUGGGCGCCUCCUAUGACAAAGCUAGUGGCCAUGCAAAAUUGUGGGUGGAUGGAAAAGUGGUUCAAACGUUAAAUAUUGGCGCGAAUCUCCAACUAGGCACGCAGGACAGCGUGAGAAUGGGAGUGAGAAUUGGCGAUCGCAGGUACUUCAAAGGAAGGAUCGCCCAAAUGCAGGUCUACAAUGUUGCCUUGACCCAGAAACAAAUACAAGCCAUAAAAGACAGGACCCAAGUCGUUCCAGAUCCCGUUGCUUUGUAUCCUCUCGAUGGCGCUCAUGGUACCAAGGAAAUCAAAAACCGGGUCGGAAAGGGCGUUGCCAGUGGUGUUCACACCGCCCCGGGACCAGAUGGAAAACCUGAUGGCUCGUAUGAAUUCUCUGGAACUGUUAACAGCUACAUCGAGUUUCCGAACGGUGGUGGACUAGAUGUAAAAAACUCGAUGACAAUGCUCUGCUGGUUGUACCCAGGUGGUCAAGAUGGCCCUCUUUUCAACUAUAGGAAAGGUGGAAGUUGGGGAGUGCAUUUGUGGGUGGUGAGUGGUCAACUUUUUGUUCGCUUCACCAAACGAGACUACUCAUCUACCCAAGCCUUGCUUCACACUCAUCUAAAACCAGAGGAUGGAUGGAAAUUUGUGGGCGCCUCCUAUGACAAAGCUAGUGGCCAUGCAAAAUUGUGGGUGGAUGGAAAAGUGGUUCAAACGUUAAAUAUUGGCGCGAAUCUCCAACUAGGCACGCAGGACAGCGUGAGAAUGGGAGUGAGAAUUGGCGAUCGCAGGUACUUCAAAGGAAGGAUCGCCCAAAUGCAGGUCUACAAUGUUGCCUUGACCCAGAAACAAAUACAAGCCAUAAAAGACAGGACCCAAGUCGUUCCAGAUCCCGUUGCUUUGUAUCCUCUCGAUGGCGCUCAUGGUACCAAGGAAAUCAAAAACCGGGUCGGAAAGGGCGUUGCCAGUGGUGUUCACACCGCCCCGGGACCAGAUGGAAAACCUGAUGGCUCGUAUGAAUUCUCUGGAACUGUUAACAGCUACAUCGAGUUUCCGAACGGUGGUGGACUAGAUGUAAAAAACUCGAUGACAAUGCUCUGCUGGUUGUACCCAGGUGGUCAAGAUGGCCCUCUUUUCAACUAUAGGAAAGGUGGAAGUUGGGGAGUGCAUUUGUGGGUGGUGAGUGGUCAACUUUUUGUUCGCUUCACCAAACGAGACUACUCRUCUACCCAAGCCUUGCUUCACACUCAUCUAAAACCAGAGGAUGGAUGGAAAUUUGUGGGCGCCUCCUAUGACAAAGCUAGUGGCCAUGCAAAAUUGUGGGUGGAUGGAAAAGUGGUUCAAACGUUAAAUAUUGGCGCGAAUCUCCAACUAGGCACGCAGGACAGCGUGAGAAUGGGAGUGAGAAUUGGCGAUCGCAGGUACUUCAAAGGAAGGAUCGCCCAAAUGCAGGUCUACAAUGUUGCCUUGACCCAGAAACAAAUACAAGCCAUAAAAGACAGGACCCAAGUCGUAGCAGAUUGUCCAGCUCUCACAGUCGGUCGCCUUGUCAAAACAUCACCUAACAAUUGCGUGACGUCACAGAUGAAAAUGAGCGCGAAGUGCUCGUUUUCCUGCCCACAGGGAUACCAGCUACAAGGUCCAUCUUAUAAGCAAUGUGGGGCAACUGGUCAGUGGACGGACAGUGCUAAGUCCCUCUCAUGCAGCGGUAAGCUCUACUGAGUAUGUAUACAUCUCUCUUACAUCAUUCUUUUCCUCUGGGCUGCCCAUGUAACACCAUCGAGAAGUUAAUCAUAUCUAGUCAUU